UGUGGGCCCUAUACGUGGCAUAAGGUAUGAAUCCUUUCCACGUCCGCCAUUUUGACAUACGGUACUUUUCGAGAGUGUUGGUUUUAUGUUUUAUCGUUUCCCGUGAAUAUAAUCUUUUUUACUGAAAACGUAUUUACAUAAUCAGCAUUAAUCAUGGGGAAUAUGUUUGCAACAUUAUUUAAAGGCCUUUUUGGCAAAAAAGAAAUGAGGAUUUUAAUGGUAGGCCUUGAUGCAGCGGGUAAAACCACAAUAUUAUACAAAUUAAAGUUAGGGGAAAUUGUUACUACAAUUCCCACUAUAGGCUUCAAUGUAGAAACAGUUGAAUACAAGAAUAUAAGUUUUACUGUAUGGGACGUUGGUGGUCAGGACAAAAUCAGACCUCUCUGGCGACAUUACUUUCAAAAUACACAAGGAUUAAUAUUCGUCGUUGACAGUAAUGAUAGGGAACGUAUCGGUGAAGCGCGUGAAGAAUUGAUGAGAAUGUUGGCAGAAGAUGAACUUAGAGAUGCAGUACUUCUUAUAUUUGCUAACAAACAAGAUCUCCCAAAUGCAAUGAAUGCAGCAGAGAUUACCGACAAGUUGGGACUCCACUCUCUUCGUAAUCGCAAUUGGUACAUUCAAGCAACGUGUGCCACAAGUGGAGACGGACUUUACGAGGGCCUCGAUUGGCUCUCUAAUCAGCUCAAAAAUGCCAAUCGCUAAUUGGAACAUUAUUCUGUCAACAUUCAGUUGCUAUAUUAACAUCAUAAAAUCAGCUGCACACCUAUCCCCCCCAUGAAAGAAUAAUAAUAUAAACAGAGGUAACACUAAGUGCAAACCGCGAGAUCUUUUUGAUCUCGAAGUGGAGGGUGGAGAUUGUCGAAAGUUGUCAUUGUGCCAGGAAGUUUUUUGGGGGGAGGGGAGUGGGGAAAUCGGCCGGAAGCACACAUUCUAACGGCCACACAAGACUAUUGCCUUGUGCAACUUACUAUUAUAAUUAUUAUUAUAUUAGCAUUAUAGUUACACUUUUUACACAGAGAUACCACGAGAAAAGUGGAAAACUUGGAAGUAAUUGUAUUAAAGUACCUAACUCUGAAACAUACAAUACACUUUGAUUAAUUAAUAAUUUGAAUAUCUUUGGAAAAAAACUUAAGAACAAAAAAGUGAAGUACCCACGGUGUUGUCAGUUUGAAUGCGUUGGACAUACUGAUUAUCAUAAUGUAGCUGCAUAUUGUACAUUACAUUAUAUAAAUACGAUGAUAAAAAUGUGAUCAAUAGAUGAGAGAAUGUUGCUCUGUCCACUACAUUACAAAUGUCACAUCGGCCCAUCAGUUGACAUGAAAAAAUGCAGUGAGUGGUAACUGACGGUGCAAUGACUUACUGUUUCUAGUUACAAAAGUUUGUUUCUAUUUUUUUAAGUUUUCAGUGGUAUACGUCGACAAAAGAAAAGUAAAAAACAAUACAAAACUAUGCAAAAUGGUUGUCUUACUGCUUGUGACUAUCAGCAGGUGUUGUAAUUGCACCCUCCUUCACCUGCUCGCGAUUAAAACUAACAGUCAGUCAACCAUGUAUAUCUCAGUGUAAAAGAGAUAUCGUUUAUUUAUUGCACCUUGAUAAGGUAAAUUAGAAUAUUGUCAACAUUCCGAAAUUAUGCAUCGAUCGUGGCGGGAAAUGCAGAUAAAAAAAAUUCGAAUGGGAAAAAAUAUGAGAUGAAAAAUGUGGAGUAAAGUAAAAAAAAAAGGUUAAAAAAAUGAUUAGGAAAGAACCUCUCGCAGCAAAGAGAGAUAGGCCUCGCAAUUUCUAAGCCAGCAAUCCAAACUGGCAUGGCAGUCUGCCAGAUGAAGCCAUUUUCGCAAAGCCCUUUAAUCUCCUAAUGUUUUCCUGUCCUUAAAAAUAUAUUGUUUUUACAAAAUAAUCUUCCCCUAAUUGAUCAAAUCGCCUUUCCGUCAUAUGCGAAGAUUCGUAUAAUUAUAUAUGAAUGUUUAAACGAUUUGUGAAAUAUACUGUAAUUGUGCUUUAUGUAGUCUAUAUGUUAUUUGCCGUUAAAAUAGUUUGUUUUUGUUCUGGCUGGUUUAUCGAAUAGUAUUGAUAGAAAGUCCUCCUUUUCGGGGUGCAUGCAUAUUGUGCAAGGAAUGACAAGGAUAAAGGGAUUUCCGCACAUAUGUGGACGCUGAUGACAUAGAAACUAUUACUAUUAUUUACAUUGGACGAAAACAAACACAUCUCUAUCCUCGUCGCUUCAUGCUCAGCCUUGCAUGCAUCCCCUUUAUUCAGACGAUGGUACUCAGUUAAAGAAGCACGAUUACUUUUCCCUUUUAAUUACUAAAGACUGCACACCACCUAUACCGCAUGUUUCAUUUAGCAACUUAAGUUCUCUUCCCUCUUUUUCUUUUCUUUUUCUUGAUCGACUAAUUAUACAUUAGUUAUGGAUAAAUUACAAAUUUUCUAGACUUCUAUUAUAAUUU